AUGCAGGUGGCCGGUCACCACCAUUCGACGGACGAGAACCGGCACCUCGUUGCGGCGUACACAACGGCGGUGGCCGUCGACAAGGACAAGAACAGCCAGCAGGCGGUGAGAUGGACUGUGGAUCACCUGCUCAUCAGCUCGCCCGUCGUCGUCCUCAUCCACGUUCGGAACCCGGCAGCCAACCACCGUAGGUACCUUCUCUCUUUCGCCACGAUCAGCGACAACUCGCAGGCCGUCUUCUUCCAUAGUCGCCCAUGAAUUCAAGAGAACCUGUAUCUUUCCCCUGUAUUUCGUGUGCAUGGUGAUGGACUUCGUCUCCUGUUUCUUCUGGCAGAUGGCUUCUCAAUGUCGGAGGUGAGUCCGGAGGCAACCCGGGAGCAAAUAGAAUCGGAGAUGUCUCAGCUCUUCCUGCCUUACCGCGGCUUCUGUGCUCGAAAAGGGGUACGUCAGCGUUCUCCCAAGAGCAGCAAUAGAGCGGAUUUCAGAUCUUAAGUCUCCCUCGUAAUUUGCAGAUACAGUCCAAGGAGGUGGUCUUGGAGGAAACUGACGUAGCUAAGGCCAUCGUUGAGUACAUCAAUGCCCACCAAAUCAGCAACAUCGUUGUCGGAGCUUCCAACAGGAACGCCAUCACCAGGUCCUCUCUCUCUCUCUCUCUCUCUCUCUCUCUCUCUCUCUCUCUCUCUCUCAUCGACGGGAUUCUAAGAGGUAUCGUUCUGCAGGAAGUUCAGGAAUCCGGACGUGCCAACGAGCCUGAUGAAGUCCGCUCCGGAUUUCUGUACAGUGUACGUAAUAGCCAAAGGAAAGACGAUGACGGUGAGGUCGGCGAAAACCCAGGCCCCUAGCGCGGUGGCUCCUCCCAGGCAUGCGCCCAUCCCACCAAGCCCGCAACAUAUCCCCACUGUCGGCCUGGAGCACGACGAUCAAGUCAGGUAAAUGGCUAGAGGUGACGGCCAUUGUAUUGUUAGUUAGAAGUAUAAUAUUUUGAAAAAUAGCAACGGCCGAUUUUUCUUCAGUUUUUCUGCGCAAUGAUAUGUUCUUGGCCGACGUUCUUUCUCCGCAGAACGCCGUUUUCAAGGCCCGGCGCCUGGAGAGGUGCAGUUCCGCCGCCGCCGUGGCCAGAGAGGCGCUCUUUUGAGAGGAACGCCGAGUACAUGAGGACGCCGGCGAGGGACCGGCCGCUCUCCACGGCGAAGGUGGUAAACAAUAUGUUAGCUGAAGGGAUCGACGGCAACUUUAGGCCGUCGAGGAUCUCCAACUCCCGCGAGUCCUUGUCGGAGGAGCUGGACUUCCAAGCCACCGACUCCGGCGCCGACGCUCUCGAGUUCUCAACGCCGCCGAGUGACCACAGCCCCACGAACUCCUCCUCCCCACGGGCCAGCGUGAGUAUUAUCAAGAAGAUGGAGCCUCUCAUUGAGUAGCUUUUUUCUCAAUAUUCUAAGUAGUCCUCAGAUGCAUCAAUUGCUAUCAUCUCAGUCAAUCCUUUCCAGCCAUGUUUAUGAAUCGAAUAGCCCGUAGAACGGUCUUAUUGGGGAGUAGACUAAUGUUUCAACGAAAAACUUGAUCUUUCAUCGUUAUUAUGAAUGGCUCUUGGUAGAGAGAGGUUGAGGCCGAGAUGAAGAGGCUGAGGCUGGAGCUGAAGCAGACAAUGGACAUGUACAGCACCGCCUGCAAGGAGGCAAUCACAGCCAAACAGAAGGUGAAGUCAGCCUGCCCUACGUACGUCUGCAUCCGUAGUUCACUUCUGCAUGUGAAUGGAUGGUUAAUGAUUUAUCAAACGGAGCAGGCUAGAGAAUUCCAUCAGUGGAAACUAGAGGAGGCAAGGAGGAUCGAGGAGGCGAAGCAUGCAGAGGAGGCCGCCCUUGCCGUGGCCGAAAUGGAGAAGGCCAAGUGCAGAGCCGCCAUAGAGGCGGCCCAAGCGGCGCAGAGGCUGGCGGAGAUCGAAGCGCAGAAGCGGCACAACGCCGAGCUCAACGCUAAGCGCGAAGCCGAAGAGAAGAAGAAAGCACUGGAAGCUCUCGCCCACAACGACAUCCGCUACCGGAAGUACAGCAUUGAGGAGAUAGAGGUCGCCACUAAUUUCUUCGCCGACUCACUGAAGAUCGGGGAGGGAGGAUACGGGCCAGUGUACAAGGCCUGCCUCGAUCACACGCCAGUCGCCAUCAAGGUCCUGAGACCAGAUGCCGCGCAGGGAAGGAGGCAAUUCCAGCAAGAGGUUCGUAACCCGCUUCCAUGAAAGGCCGUGUUCUUACGCGAUGAAUCACCCACCGCCUCCUCCUCUCGCCAUAUCCAGGUGGAGGUUCUGAGCUGCAUCAGGCAUCCCAACAUGGUGCUGCUGCUGGGUGCCUGCCCGGAGUACGGUUGCUUGGUGUACGAAUACAUGGAUAACGGGAGCUUGGACGACCGGCUUUUCCGGCGGGGCAACACGCCGCCGAUCCCCUGGAACGUUCGUUUCAAGAUAGCUGCGGAGAUAGCGACGGGGCUUCUGUUCCUCCACCAGACGAAGCCGGAGCCGCUGGUGCACAGGGACCUCAAGCCAGCAAACAUCCUCCUCGACCGCAACUACGUGAGCAAGAUCAGCGACGUGGGGCUCGCGAGGCUCGUCCCUCCCUCCGUUGCCGACAGUGUCACGCAGUACCGGAUGACGUCCACGGCUGGGACCUUCUGCUACAUCGACCCGGAGUACCAGCAGACGGGCAUGCUAGGCAUCAAAUCCGACAUCUACUCCCUGGGGAUCAUGCUGCUGCAGAUAAUCACCGCGAAGCCGCCGAUGGGGCUCACGCACCACGUGCAGAAGGCCAUCGACAGGGGGUUAUUCGCCGAGAUGCUCGAUCCCGCUGUGCCCGACUGGCCGAUGGAGGAGGCUCUCGGCUACGCGAAGCUCGCCCUCAAGUGCGCAGAGCUGCGGAGGAAGGAUAGGCCCGACCUCGGCACGGUCAUCCUCCCCGAGUUGAACCGGCUUAGAAACCUCGGCCACGCGUGGGAAGCCACCCGCGGCAGCGGCGGCGGCAGCAGCAGCAGCGUUAGCGGCAGCUUCGGCAGGGUCUUCCAUUCGUACGCCAACCUUCAUCCGCGGACGAUGUCUCAAGCUCAGCAGGUGAGCCCACUCGUGCCCAAGAUGCCAACCCCCAGAGGAGCUCCUUCCAUCGGUCUCAUCCUCGGGCCUCCAAUUUUCUCAGGAACGGGCGACGAGCAACUCCCACGUUGGAGCUCAGUGGAGAUCGACGGCGGAGGACGAGACCCAGUGAAGAGUUCCGAUUUUUGUUCAUCAUUUGUAUACUGUUGUGUCGACGGCGGGGUUAGCGGCCUACGCGUCCCUCAAUAUUCGAAAUAA